UCAUACGUUUCAACCAAUAUUUCUUUUAGGUUUUCGAAGAUAGAAAGAAAGAAAGGAAAAAAAAAUCAAAGCCUUGCAUUUCUCAUGAACUGUGGAGUCGUGUUGGGUUUCUAUUGUUGGGGUUGGGAGUUCUUAACUGCCCUUCUUCUCUUCUCUUCUUCUUCUUCUUCUUCUUCUUUUUUUUUCUCAAACUGAUCUCUUUCUUCUUUUCUGAUCUCUAAUAUAUAUAUAUAUAUAUAGAUAUAUAGAUACAUAGUUGAAUAUAUAUGGAAGGUGUAGUAGUGAGUAGUAGUGAUGAUCAAAAGGGUGUGUUGGAAUUAUACAUGAGAAAGUCAAGUAGUCCACCACCAUUUUUGUUGAAGACAUAUAUGCUGGUCGAGAAUCCGGCCACCGACGAGGUCAUCUCUUGGAACGCGCAAGGGACGGCCUUUGUGGUGUGGCAGCCCGCCGAGUUCGCCAGAGAUCUUCUCCCAACUCUCUUCAAGCAUAGCAAUUUCUCUAGCUUUGUCAGGCAACUCAACACUUAUGGUUUCCGUAAAGUUGCAACAAACCGAUGGGAGUUUUGCAAUGACAAGUUCCGAAAAGGUGAAAAAGACCAAUUAUGUGAGAUACGUAGAAGGAAAGCAUGGGCCAAUAAUAACAGCAACAACAAGCACCAAUCCCUGGCGGCGGCGGCAGCCGAGGAGGAGGGGGCGGCGGCCGCGGCGGCUGUAGGGGUAGGAGGAGGAGGACAGGUUGUGGAGUCUGAUGAAGACCAAAGGUCAUCUUCAACUUCUUCAUCAUCAGAAUUCAAUACUCUUGUUGAUGAGAACAAGAGACUGAAGAUGGAAAAUGGGGUGUUGAGCUCUGAGCUGAAAAGCAUGAAGAGUAAGUGUAGAGAAUUACUUGAUUUGGUGGCCAAAUAUUCUCGUUCGGAAAAGGAAGAGAAAGUUGAUGAUCACAAUGAUCAAAGGCCUAAGUUGUUUGGGGUUAGAUUGGAAGUUGAAGGAGAGAUGGAAAAGAAGAGAAAGAGAGCUCAAGUGCUUAGUGAAAGUGCAAGCAUUUUAUUGUCUCAAGCAUGCAAAUAAUAUAUGAUUAUGAUAAAUACAUAUAUAUAUGUGAUAAUAAAUAUAUAAGUAAAAAAAGUUACUUAUAUAAAUUAGAAAUUAAUGGUUACUAUGUAAGGUGAUUAAUGUCUCUCUGGUAAUUAAUAAUAUUUAGAUAGAAAGAGUAUGGUGUUUCUCAGUUAUAUGUAGUAUAUAUAGUGAUUAAUGACUGAACUGAAAGAACAGUUCAGUAAUUACAUAAAUAUACAUAUAUGUAAAAUAUUAUUGGACUAUUGAUUAUAAAGAGUAAUUUCUUGAUGAGCCGCAUAUUAUUAUUUUGGCUUCUA